UCGUCGGUGAGAACACAGCGUCGACUCAACCAGAGCACACAAGAAGCGAACAACCGAGUUCAGUUUCCCGCGGGCACAACCUCCACCGAAAGCACAAGACAGAGAUGAGCUCGUCGGCGGCCAAGAAGGGAGUGUCGAUGGUGGUGGCUACGAGCAUGGCGGCGGUGGAGGCGCUCAAGGACCAGGCGGGGCUGUGCCGCUGGGACUACGCGCUCCGCUCACUCUACCACCGCGCCGUCGUCACCGGCCGCCGCGCCGUCCCGGCGUCCCUCUCCUCCUCCUCCUCCUCCCAGGCCGCCGUAGGCAGGGCUGCCCGGCCAAGGCGGUCCGAGGAGGAGAAGCUGCACAAGGCGUACCACAUCGUUUGCUGGGGGCCAAACUGAUUGUCUAACAGCACAUUUUUUUUCUGCUUCUCCAUUUUUAUUCCUUCCCAUCUUGGCUAUCCGUGAAUGAAUGGUGUGUAAAUCGAGAUAUAAGUAUCCACGGUUUGUAAAUCGAGAUAUAUGUUUCAAGGUCAGUCAUGCACUCGGCCCUCUGAUCUGAGGCGAGCUGCCAAGUGAUUGAUGAGGCAAAUAUAAGAAAAUGGCAUUGUUCUUGUUCUGCACAAGGAACAACUA